AUGAAGACAUUUAGGGAAAUUAAGAUAACGUCGGCUCAACGAUUGCGUCACCUUGGUCUGUUUAUUCUUAAUACUGAGGAAGGAACGUUUUUGAGUAGAACGCUAUCAAGCUGGGGCAAAAUACUCAUUUUUUACGUGAUCUUUUACACGUGCCUCUUCGGAUUUUUGACUUGUUUAAUUUUCUUUGUUACAAACGUUGCAAUCGAUGCGAAUGUGCCCUCUCUCACAGGGAAACAAAGUUUACUGCGGCUUAGUCCAGGACUCACAUUUUUACCACCUGUUGCUGCCAAGGGAAAAGCGUUUCCUUAUCCUCUCUACAACCCGGAUGACAAGGCUAAAUAUGUUAAAUUUAUGUGGAAAUAUUUGUCAGACUAUCACACAGGGUCUUGGAAUUGUGAUUUUUAUGAUGGGACACGCGGCCCAGGAAAUUUAUACGAUGCAUGUCGCUUCCCUCUUCACUUUUUGGGACCAUGUCAAGUUCGUCUAUAUUAUGACCCAGAAUUUUGUGUUUACUUAAAAAUGAACAAGACUAGUGAACCUGCUGCUUCCUUGAGGAUCACAGCAGGGCCACUAACCAAGUAA